CAAAUAAGAUGCCAUUUUGAUGUCGGUGCUUAUUUGUGCUUUGUUGUUGUUGUGAGCUGAUGUUAUGAAACGAGCUGCCAAAAUUACAACGUUCUUCAAAAAGUUGAAGACAACGUCAGAUAGCAGUAAUGGUGAGACUGAGGGUGCAAAACGAGACGGUGAAGAUAAACCCGAAUCACUUACAAUAAUUCGAGAUGAAGUGGAAGUGGGACAACAUGAGCAAAGCUCGCUUGCUGUGUCACAAAACCUAAACUUCGAAGUGGAAGUUUUCGGAGAUCCUCUGGCCUUGGAUUCACACUCAAAAAGCAGUGGACCUACCAACUCCUCAAGCGAAUCCAGACCUACAAUUAACUCUGAAGGUAAAGUGAAAGAGCUCUCUUCAAACCCUAAUAGCACAAGGACGUCCAAUGGACGUCCAUUGGACGUCCUUCACGGACUUUAGGGACGUCCUUUGGACGUCCGUUUUCGUCCGAGGAACGUCCUUUAUACGUCCUAUUUUGGUCCAAAUGUCGCGCUACCGAACGUCCAUUGGACGUCCAUCUAAGGUCCGAGGGGACGUAUAUUGGAACUUAAUCGGACGCAAAUUGGACCUUAAUCGGACGUCCUAGGGGACGUAAAUUGGACCUUAAUCGGACGUAAAUUGGACCUUAAUCGGACAUAAAUUGGACCUUAAUCGGACGUCCUAGGGGACGUAAAUUGGACCUUAAUCGGACGUAAAUUGGACCUUAAUCGGACGUAAAUUGGACCUUAAUCGGACAUAAAUUGGACCUUAAUAGGACGUAAA